AGGUCGAGACUUAGAUUAUCAAUUGUAAGCUACAACCUAACGGUACUUUUAAAGCCCCUUAAGGAUUAGGUCGGUUUGGUCAAGAAAGAGAUGAAGAAAGUAAUUGAAAAGAAAGAGAGAUGAUGACGAUGAUGAAGAUGAGGAUGAGGAUGAAGAUGAAGAUGAAGAUGAAGAUGAGGAUGAUAAAAGAGUGAUGGAGGUUGGAUUGAUCGUGAUUCAAAAUACACUAUUGACCUAAUACGGUGGUUGGACGGGUUCUAGGUCAUAUGAUGUAUCUUCUUAAUUUUAUCAUCCUCAUCCUCUCAUCCUCCCAUCAUCAUCUUUGAGCUGAUUCACAAAAAGUCAGGAUUGUUUAAAUCAAAUAACAAUUUGAAUCGACAUCCAAUUUGUUUAUGUGGUGAAACUGUUUAGUUUCAAAUGAUCAACGAAAAGUAUAUUUUUCAGUUUGUUAUUAAUUCAUUUGAUUAAUCAAAUUUAGUUUCACAUUGACCAGUGGCUAUUUUAUCAAAAGUUGUGAGCAAUUAAGUGAUCAAUCAAUUUUGAUUAUCGUUUUUUCUUGUCAUUUCGUUUGCCUCAUCAAAUUUCAUAUUAGACAAGUGAAAACUUGACCAACACGGAUUAAUUAAAUCUUAAAGUGACCAUUGUUGUUAUAAACCCUUUCCAACGAUGACCAGUUCACGAUUUAAUCAAAUCAAAUGGUUACUACCAUUGGUUUUAAUUUCGAUCAGCGUUUUAGUACCACUAACGAUCGCAGGUUCUAGUGCUAGAAAAUCAAAUCUACUCCAAAGAAUAACUAGUCUAAGGGAUCAUCGUACAAAGGGAUUACUCCUUUCGCGAUUAAACUCUAAUCCAAAUAAAUCCCUUAUUUCGAGACAAGGACCUGGUUCGAUUGCCGCUGUCAAUGGACUUGGGUCAAUUCUUUCUUCGGGUCCAAUGUUACUCGCACUUUCGUCGUUACUUUUUUCCUUCCCCGUUCUGCCGAUGCUUUUCUUAGCACCAAUGGCGAUUUCUAAUUUCCUACCAAACAUGGACGAUGUUGCCGAUCCAAGUAUCAACGAUAUCCUUCAAUCGGUCCAGAACAUUGGUCAAGGAUUGGGUCUUCUUAACAAGCCAAUAACUGGAAGCACUUCAGCCGGUUCAACGUCUUCAUCUUCAUCAGCUUCUGGUUCAUCUUCCUCCGGGGCAUUAGCAUCAUCACCUACAUCAUCAUCAUCAUCAUCAUCAGACUCAACUGGAUCACUGUCACAAUCAGGAUCAUCUUCAUCAUCAGCAACAUCUAAUAUAAUCUCAGCAUUGGGAUCAGCCUCAGAACCCAUAGCAAGCAUUGUUGCCGCUCCAUCAUCUUCAUCCUCAUCAUCUUCAUCAUCUUCCCCACCCAAGGCCACUCUAAACUCACCAUCAGCUGAUAGUCUUGCUGAUCUAUCAACAGGAUUUCUCAGUCAACUUGCAGCAAUUAAUGAGAUACUUUCAAAUAACAAUAAUCCCUCUUCAGAAAAUCCAAUGACUUCCUUUUCUCAAUUGGCAGCCAAUACCUUGUCCAGUUUGUCCAAUUUGCUGUUCAGCGCUCGACGUGAGGAAAGUACCGAUAAAAAGGUCAAUAAGUUUCGUUUACCAUUUGCCUUUGGUCCAUUAAGAAAGUCAACUGGCCACUCGAUUGUCACCCGAUCAGCACCAAAUACUUUACCCUAUUUACAAGCUCGAGGUGCGUUUACUGAUCGACUAGCUGCCCUUAGGCUGCAAACGCUUUGGUCAAGAUCGAGCGGUGUAAUUGUCGCUCUGGUUAAACGACUUCGAGAAAUGUAUUCAACAUUUCGUGAAGGAUUAAAACGAUACGAGAUCAGUGAAAGUGAAUGUCAGGCCAGGUUAAUUUGUGAACUUAAUCAAAAAGCCGUUGGAAGGUCAGCUCGUAAUUGGGCUAAAGUGUUGAUCGAUUUUAUCAGAUUCGAUGAACGAUUAGAAUCUCUUGGAAUGGGCGGAAUGACCAAAUCAACGCUAAUCGAUUUCUAUCAAGCCGCUCGAAAGGGAAUGUCCGAUGAGGAAUGUGCCUCAGCCUAUUCGAGGUGUCCAGUUAGUAUCGCAGUCGAACCGGUCAACAAUUCAAUCAUGGGUAAAUUGUUCAGGCGAAUGCGAUUCAAACAAUCAGCAUCUUCAUCACCGAUCGUCCAAUCAACCGACACAAACACUGGUAAUAUAAUGAUCACAGGUAAUCAAGUUUAUACACCAGGAGUUUCAUCAUCAGCAUCAUCAUUACAAUCAUUACAAUCAACACAAUCAUCGCCAUCACAAUUAGACGCAAUUAAAUCAGGAAAACGAUAUAAAUUGUUGGUCUAAUCGCAAAUAAAUAAUCAAAUCAAUCAAAUGGAUGGGCCAUUUUUUUAAAGAAAACUGAGAAUC